AUGGGCACCGUUUCAAACGUAUUAUAUUUAGUCCUAUAUAUCCGUGUUGCCCUCGAAAUUGGUUCUAUCAAUGCUUCCAGAUUUAAGUUUACCAACUUUAUUUGCGAUUCAGUGAAUGAAUCUUGGCUCUCCGUGCAUCAGUGUCGUUUAAAGGCAAUUCGAAGGGACACAACGACAUUGAGUUUUAAUGGAACUGUCCUAAAGACAGUCUCUAAGCUUCGAGUCCAUGCUCAAAUUUUCAAAAAGGCCAAUGGCUUUAAGCCGUGGCUUUACAAUAUCACCUUUGAUGGUUGUCGAUUUUUGCGAAAACCCUAUGAAGCGCCAGUCGUACUUGUUUUUAAUCUGUUCAAAUCAUUUUCUAAUUUUAAUUUCACAUGUCCCUAUAUGGGUCCAGUACAUGUAAUGGGAUUCCAUCUUAUGGGAGAACAGAUUCCGGUGCCACUCCCAACUGGGGAAUACUUAAUACAGAUAAAGUGGUAUAUUGGUAAGGUACUUUUCCUAUCGACAGGCAUAUACUUUGCUUUUGAAGAGAACUUGUCAUCUUAUAAAUAG